GAACAUUGAAGUCCCUCACUUGCACGACCUCAGUGUCUGUCAACCCUGGUUUUGGGAAUCCAUGAUAUAACACAUAACAUGGCUAGCAGUUAAAGAUUACGAUUUGUAAGCAAUCUGUCCAGAUGACGAUACACAGACGGUUUCAGAAAACUUGGUGAUUUGAUCGAUGCUGCUUUUCAUUCCAGAUGAAAGAGUUCUACUCAACAGGAUAAGGAAGAUGGGUCUGACUAGAGUUUUUCCUAUUCUUCAUCAUGCUGCCGUUCUUUUUCCUAUACACAGUACAAUGGCUUUAAGACAUUCCCUUUGUAAGCGUACUGCAAUACUGUGCUAUGCCUCCCUCUGCACCCUCCAACAGACAAGAUCUGUUUCAGCUGAGACUGCCAUAAGCCAUCACAUUUUAAACUUGACUGACAGGGAGAAAAGACUACUGACCAAGCUUUAUGAUGGACUUGUCGGGGGUCAAAGGGCAGCUCUCGCGGAAUCGAUAACCCUUGUAGAAACCCAGCAUCCGAGGAAGAAAGAGUUAGCCCAGGUUCUGCUUCAAAGAGUGCUGGCCUUUCGUCAGGAGCAGGAGAGAUGCAAUGGUGGAAAGCCGGCGGCCUUCAGAGUUGGACUGUCUGGUCCCCCUGGAGCUGGAAAAUCUUCAUUCAUUGAGGUUGUUGGGAAGAUGCUGACAGGAAGAGAACAGAAAGUGUCCGUUCUGGCUGUGGAUCCUUCCUCAUGCACAACUGGAGGUUCACUGAUGGGAGACAAAACUAGAAUGACAGAACUCUCCAGAGACAUGAGCGCUUACAUCCGACCAUCUCCCACAUCAGGAACCCUCGGUGGUGUGACGAGAACCACCAACGAAGCUAUAGUCCUCUGUGAGGGUGCAGGCUAUGACAUUGUAUUAGUGGAGACCGUAGGUGUUGGUCAGUCUGAGUUUGCUGUGGCUGACAUGGUGGAUAUGUUUGUGCUGCUGAUCCCACCAGCAGGGGGCGAUGAACUACAGGGAAUCAAAAGAGGAAUUAUUGAGAUGGCUGACCUGGUGGUGGUUACAAAAUCAGAUGGUGAAUUGGUUGGUCCUGCACGGAAGAUACAGGCAGAAUACACAAGUGCCCUGAAGUUACUUCGAAAGAAGUCCAAAGUCUGGAAACCAAAGGUGGUCCGCAUAUCUUCUCAGACAGGGCAGGGUGUGCCUGAGCUGUGGGACACCAUGCUACAGUUCCGGGAUGCAAUGCUGAGCAGCGGGGAGCUCCAAGCCCGACGGCAAACUCAGCAGAAGGUGUGGAUGUGGAAUCUGAUUCAGGAGAACGCUCUACGCCACUUCCAGCAGCACCCAGCGGUGCGUGCCGAGCUCCCGGAGCUGGAACGAAGGGUCACGUGUGGAGAUAUCUCACCCGGUCUUGCUGCUGACCUCCUUCUAAAAGUCUUCACCACCACACUUUAAUAAAAAAAGACCCAUCCGUGUGAAAACUAUAAGAUGAGGUGUUUUGGAAAGGAAAUGAUUGAGUCUUGCAACCUUUGAUUUGGAAUUAUUGUGUUUCACCUGGUUUUAAAGGAUUUUAGUAACUGAUGACAUUUGACAAUUAUUGAAGGCGAGAUAACCAUUGUUCAUUGUCUCUGUAUUAUCUCGUAAAGUUGGUGGAAAUUGUAUUUAAAGAAAAAGAAAUUAAAUGACUAAAAAUUGUUACACCCUAUGACCUGAAAUCUGUUACUUUUACAGCACUUAACAAUAAAAGAGUAUUUUCUUCUGA